AUGUGUUCUGCAAUCGCAAAGAGUGAUGUACCCCCAAAUUUGUCAAAGCGUGAUCCGGGAAAACUCGCACAUGCAAGAUGGCUGACAACAGCAAAUAGGAUCUUGAGACUUUAUGUAGCUUCUGAACAGCCUUCAAACAAAUUGAAAACAAUAAAGGAAUUUAUAUUGAAAGUUUAUGCUCCUGUUUGGUUUGAUAUUAAAGUGAGAUCAUCGUGCACUGAAGGCUCCAGGCAUUUAUUCUCUCUCAUAAGAAGAUCGGUAUAUCUACCGGCUGCAGUUAAAGAUGUGAUUGAUCCUGUCAUACAGAGGCAUGCAUUUUUUGCUCAUCCAGAAAAUAUUUUAUUGUCAAUGCUUGUCAAUACAGAUGACCGAAACCCUAUGAGAGAACUUGCGCUGAGAAGAAUUCUGAAAUGCAGGGUAAAUGGUCUUCAAAAUAGAAACAUUAGACAAUUUAAAGUCCCCAAACUGAAUUUUGAUUCUCAAGACUAUACGGAAUUGAUAAACUGGCAGUCAGCGUAA